AUGUCGUACAGACCGGUCGCCGCCGCCUCGGCGCAAUGGGCGCGCAUGCUUAGCCGAUCUAGACGACCUGUCCCGAGCAUAAUGCUGGCCAGCCAGCGCCUUCGAAGCACAACGUCAAUUCCUCGACAUUUGCAAUACCAAUGCCGCGCCAUUGGAACGACGGCUGAAAACCGCGCGACUUUGCACAGUGAAAUUCCCACCGAGACCUCUUGGACUGCUCCCCCCGCCGCGGGAACCAGACGACCCCAGACUCUGACGGAGAAGAUCUUCCAGGAUCACGCUGUCGGCCUGGAGCCGGGAAAGACUCUCCGCAGCGGUGACUAUGCACACAUUUCACCUUGGCGCUGCCUCACUCACGACAACACCGCCGCGUGCUACAAAAAAUUUGCUCUCAUGGACAUCGAGAACAUUAAGGAUCCUAGCCAAUUAGUGUUUGCGAUUGACCAUGAUGUGCAAAACAAAUCAGAAGGCAAUCUGAGAAAGUAUGCGCUGAUUGAGGCCUUUGCGAAGAAGCACGGAGUUGAUUUCUAUGGUGCGGGCCACGGGAUAUCGCAUCAGGUGAUGAUUGAGGAACUAUAUGUUUGGCCCGGAAAGCUAUGCGUUGGUUCUGAUUCCCACUCGACAAGUUAUUCUGCGCUCGGUGCCGGAGGAUUUUCUGUGGUGCGAACCGAUGCUGCUGGUAUUUGGGCUACGGGCAAGACCUGGUUCCAGAUUCCCCCAGUUGUCAAAGUCAAUUUGACUGGUCUUCUACCGCCUGGUGUUGCCGGAAAAGAUGUCAUUGUUGCGCUGUGUGGCUUGUUUCCGAGCGAUGUCCUGAACCAUGCAGUCGAGUUCUCGGGAUCCGAAGAGACCAUGGCCAGCAUCCCAAUCGAUGAUCGGAUCUCGAUAAGCAACAUGUGUACAGAGUGGGGAGCACUUACAGGCCUGUUCCCUGUAGACAACACUCUAAAGCGCUGGCUGCGCUUCAAAGCAACAGAGGCGGCCAUGUUUCCUGAACGAACCACCAGGGAGCGAAUUACUCAUAAAAAGGUUGACGAACUCUACGCAAAUCCUCCCAGAGCCGAUCCCGACGCACAGUAUGCCAAGCAGCUCUACAUCAAUCUUUCUACCAUCUCACCAUACAUUUCGGGUCCCAACUCGGUCAAAAUUUCGACACCUCUGAAUGAGCUUGCCCCGCAGAAGAUUAAGAUCAACAAGGCGUACAUUGUGUCAUGCACCAACAGCCGUGCCUCCGAUAUCGCAGCUGCUGCUAAAGUUUUCAAGGAUGCAGCCAAGGCAAAUGGCGGAAAGAUUCCCAAGGUUGCGGAUGGGGUUAAGCUCUACCUCGCAGCUGCCUCGGCUCGUGAGCAAGAGGCUGCAGAGGACGCGGGAGACUGGCAAACACUCGUCGAAGCCGGCAGCAUAACUUUGCCUGCAGCUUGUGGCCCUUGUAUCGGGCUCGGUACCGGUCUUUUAGAAGCUGGCGAGCGAGGAAUUUCGGCCAGUAAUAGAAACUUCAAAGCCCGUAUGGGAUCUCGCGAUGCGUUGGCCUAUCUCGCGAGCCCCGAAGUUGUGGCUGCCAGUGCGCUCAACGGCGUGAUUUCCGGAACCGAUUCUUAUCAGGUCCCGGAAAACUACCAGGGUGUGGAGCACGGCUACGGCACCGGCGCGCCUGAGACGACGGAGAGUCAGUUAGGUAAUGUCCUUGAGCAGCUGGAAUCUCUCAUCGGACGUGUUGAAGCCUCCGUCGGUGGCGAAGAGGCCACCCAAGGUGUUACCGAGAUUCUCCCCGGCUUUCCAGAGAAAAUCACGGGUGAGAUUGUCUUUUGCGACAUGGACAACCUAGACACGGAUAACAUCUACGCCGGCAAGUACACGUAUCAAGACGACAUUACCAAGGAAACCAUGGCCAAGGUGUGCAUGGAGAACUAUGACCCUACGUUCAGCGACAUUGCUAAGCCGAAUGACAUUGUCGUGUCGGGCUUUGGCUUUGGAUGCGGCUCCAGUCGUGAGCAAGCCGCAACGGCGCUUCUAGCCAAAGGGAUCCCUUUGGUCGUGGCUGGCAGCCUUGCCAACAUCUUUUCCCGCAACAGCGUCAACAACGGGCUGCUCGGGCUCGACGUCCCGCGCCUGAUCGAACGUCUGCGCGCCACGUUUCCGGACAAGAUCCUGACGCGACGCACGGGCUGGACCUUGACUUGGGACGUGGCCCGCAGCGUCGUCCAGGUCCAGGAGGGCGAGGGUGGCGAGCAGUGGGAGGAAAAGGUGGGUGAGUUUCCCGCGAACCUGCAGGACAUUAUCGCAAAAGGCGGCCUGGAGAAGUGGAUCAUGGCGCAGGUGGCGAAGGAGUAG